ACGGGCUUCGCGGCUGUCUGGCAAGUCUCUGCUAGCGCCCGACCUUCUCUUCCCGGACCCUACGCCAGCAGCGACCCUGAGCCGACACCCGGAAAGACCGGUAAUGGCGGCCUCAACGGCCUCGCACCGGCCCAUCAAGGGGAUCCUGAAGAACAAGACGUCUACGACUUCAUCGGUGGUGGCCUAGGCCGAGCAGCCCCACCGGAGCGUUGAAGAGGAGCUGAGUAAAAAAUCCCAGAAGUGGGAUGAAAUGAACAUCUUGGCAACAUAUCAUCCAGCAGACAAAGACUAUGGUUUAAUGAAAAUAGAUGAACCAAGCACUCCUUACCACAGUAUGAUAGGUGAGGAUGAAGAUGCAUAUAGUGAUUCAGAAACCACUGAAGCUAUGUCUCCAGAUGUCUUAGCUAAGAAAUUAUCUGCUGCUGAAGGCUCAGAACCAAAGUAUCAGUCUCGGGAACACGAAAGCAGUGGAGAGGAGGAUAGUGAACUCACACCUGAAGAACAAGAAAAAAAGCGACAAUUUGAAAUGAAGAGGAAGCUUCACUACAAUGAAGGACUGAAUAUUAAAUUAGCUAGACAACUAAUUUCAAAAGAUCUACAUGACGAUGAAGAUGAAGAAAUGUUAGAGACUGCAGAUGGAGAAAGCAUGAAUAUUGAAGAAUCAAAUCAAGGAUCUACUACAAAUGACCAACAGCAAAACAAAUCACAAAAUUCAUAGAAGAGAUUUGUUCAACAUUGCAGUUGUUUGUCAAAUACAAACCCUUUUACUAUAAUACACUGCUUCUUGUUCUCCACAACUCAUGACUUAAGUACCAAAAUGCAUACCAGUUAUUAUAUAUUGCCAAGAAUUAAAUGAUAACCUUAGAGACUGAUUAGACUGAAAAUGCCUAAUUAAUGCAUAUAUUCUUGUGCCUCGUACUUCACCACAAAUACAGUGUAAUGUCAUCAGUCCUAAACUGCUUUAGUUUUGUAAGAACACUAGUUAAUUUGUAUAAGAUAUUGUAGAGCUUUUUAUGCUUUAGAGGUUAAACAGCGUCUUUGGGGGGGAGGGUGACUAAUUUAUUUUCAUCACUACUAGAUGUGAUACCUCUUAUAAAAAGUUUGUUGGGUUUUUUGUUUAUUUUUAACAAAAGUUGAUUGGAACAAGAAGAUAUAUAGGUUGAUAUAUAUUCAGGCUGAAAGAUAUUUUAACAGUUGUCUUCAACUUGAUUUUUCUGUUUGAGAAAGUUUAUAAGUAUUAUUGAUGCAUAUUCUGGCCUACUCUCUUUAAAAUUCCUGUUGAGUUUCUUUGUGUUUACAAGGAAAAGAUUGAAUUUUUUCUCCUCAGAACUAGCUUUUUUUGACAAAUAAACUAUCAGGUUAAACUUGCA